AUGUGUUUUGAGGGCUAUGCCACGAAGGUCUACAUCAUCCGGGUCACGUGGUCCAGUGGCUCUACCGAGGCCAUCUAUCGGCGCUACAGCAAAUUCUUUGACCUCCAGAUGCAGAUGUUGGACAAAUUUCCCAUGGAAGGAGGUCAGAAGGACCCCAAACAGCGGAUCAUUCCCUUUCUGCCAGGCAAAAUCCUCUUCCGACGAAGCCACAUCCGGGACGUGGCUGUCAAACGCCUGAUACCGAUUGAUGAAUACUGUAAGGCCCUGAUCCAGCUGCCCCCCUAUAUCUCCCAGUGUGACGAGGUGCUGCAGUUCUUUGAGACAAGACCUGAGGACCUGAAUCCCCCCAAAGAGGAGCAUGUUGGGAAAAAGAAAUCUGGGAGUGACCUGACCUCGGUGGACCCCAUGGUCCUGGAGCAGUAUGUGGUGGUGGCAGACUACCAGAAGCAGGAGAGCUCAGAGAUCAGCCUUAGCGUGGGGCAGGUGGUGGACAUCAUCGAGAAGAACGAGUCAGGUUGGUGGUUCGUCAGCACCGCUGAAGAGCAAGGCUGGGUCCCAGCAACCUGCCUCGAAGGGCAGGAUGGUGUGCAGGAUGAGUUCUCCCUCCAGCCUGAGGAAGAGGAGAAGUACAUGGUCAUCUACCCCUACACGGCUCGCGACCAGGAUGAAAUGAACCUAGAGAGAGGGGCCGUGGUGGAGGUCAUCCAGAAAAACCUGGAAGGCUGGUGGAAGAUCAGGUACCAGGGCAAAGAGGGCUGGGCGCCAGCCUCGUACCUGAAGAAGAGCAGCGGGGAGCCCUUACCCCCGAAGCUGGGCCCCGGCUCUCCCGCCCACGCGGGCGUCCUCGACCUGGAUGGCGUUUCCAGGCAGCAGAACUCGGUGGGCAGGGAGAAGGAGCUGCUCAACAACCAGAGGGACAGCCGGUUCGAGGGCCGCCCGCCGCCCGACGGCGAUGUCAAGCAGAACGUUGUUUGGGAAUCUGCUGAGCGCAAACCCUUGCUUCUGGAACUGCAGGUCAUCGAGAAGAACUUGAGCGGCUGGUGGUACAUUCAGAUUGAAGAUAAGGAAGGGUGGGCCCCAGCAACCUUCAUUGACAAGUAUAAGAAGACCAGCAACGCCUCGAGGCCCAACUUUCUGGCUCCUUUGCCCAGCGAGGUGGCCCAGCUCCGGCUGGGGGACGCAGCAGUGUUGGAGAACAACACGGGCAGUGAAGCCGUCGGCCCCUCUCGGCCCCUGCCCGAUGCGCCGCAUGGUGCUGUGGACGCCGGGAUGCCGUGGUCCAAAGACUGGAAGGGCGGUAAGGAGGCCCUGAGGAAGGCGUCUUUAGACAUGUCAUCAUGCGCGGGCUACGAGGAGAUCUCAGACCCCGAUCUGGAGGAGAAGCCCAGCCUCCCUCCCCGGAAAGAAUCCAUCAUCAAGUCAGAAGGGGAGCUGCAGGAGAGGGAGCGGCAGAGGGUGGAACAGCUCAGGGGCUCCUCGCCCAAGCCUCCUGGCAUGAUUUUGCCAAUGAUUCCAGCUAAACACACCCCCCCAGCCCGGGAGGGCAGGAGGCCAGAGCCCAAACCUGACAAAAGCAAGCUGUUCCAAUUAAAAAAUGAGAUGGGGCUGGAGUGUGGCCACAAAGUGUUGGCCAAGGAAGUGAAGAAGCCCAACCUCCGGCCCAUCUCCAAAUCCAAAGCCGACCCACCAGAGGAGAAGCCGGAAGCCGUCCCCCAGAAUCCCUUCUUGAAGUCCAAACCUCAGGUCAGGCCAAAACCUGCUCCUUCCCCCAGGACAGAGCCACCUCAGGGUGAAGACCAAGUGGACAUCUGCAACCUCAGGAGCAAGCUCAGGCCUGCCAAGGCCCAAGAGAAGCCCUUGUUGGACGGGGAGAGCGGCCACCAGGCUGCAGCGGGCCAAGACGUGGCCUUCAGCCGCAGCUUCCUCCCAGUGGAGGGGCCUGGCCGCGCCCAGGACAGGACGGGCAAACAGGAAGGGCUUGGCCCAAAAGACAUGGCCUGCAGGGUCCCCCCAAAGCCAGGCAAGGCGGCAGACCCCGUGCCUAAGAGUGUGCCCCUCCCUCUCCAAGAGGCUCCCCAGCAGAGACCUGUGGUCCCGCCCCGGAGACCACCCCCCCCCAAGAAAACCUCAUCAUCAUCCAGGCCCCUCCCAGAGGUCAGAGGGCCCGUCCUGGAGGCCAGAGGGCUGCAGCGGGAAGCCAGCGAAGGCAAGGCGUCUCCUGCCCCCGGCCGGGCCCUGCUGGUCCCUCCAAAAGCCAAACCUUUUCUCUCCAAUUCCUCCUCGGGGGGCCACGAUGACAUUCGAGGCAAAGGCGGGCUGGGGCCGCGGAUGGUGGGCAAGAUCGGAGAAAACAGGGAGAAAGUGGCUGCAGCCCCUUUCCCCAGUGCCGACAGCCCGAAGGACUUGUAUGUGGCCGUGGCCAACUUUGAUGGCGAUGAAGAUACCAGCAGUUUCCAGGAGGGGACAGUGUUUGAGGUCCGCGAAAAGAACAGCAGUGGCUGGUGGUUCUGCCAGGUCCUCAGUGGGGCCCCCUCCUGGGAAGGGUGGAUUCCUUCCAACUAUCUCAGAAAGAAGCCCUAGCCUCCUCUGUCCCUGUCUGGAGGUCAUGGGUGUCCCUGCUGGCUUUACCCACAUGUUUAAUAUGCCUCUUAAUUUAUCAAUCUCCACGCAGCUUCAAAGGCAGGAAGACUGGAGAACUGCGGUUUCUUCCUCCCAUGGGUAGAGUCAGCCCUCCCACCACAGCAGCCCCUGGAGGCUCAGAGGCCACCGGCUCACUUUCUCUCCACUCAGUAUCUCUGCCUUAAGGCCAGUGGCACUGCCACCCAGCGUCCCUGCCCACCCAGCAGCGGGACCAUGACUCUCCAAAGCCCCCAGGAUCAGAAGCCACUGUCUGGAGAAACUGCAGGAAGGGUUUUUUGUUGCUUGGACCCAGCGUAGUACGGGGCUGCCCCCUGGCACCCCACCCAGUCUGUGAUGGCUUGCUCCAACUUCGCCAUGUCUCUAAAAGCCCAGCGACGUUAUUCACUUAGUUUCCAAAAUGCCUGGUACCAGAAGGGACGUCAUACUGUAGAAGUGGGCUCCGUGGCCAAUCCCAGGGAGGGCCCUCUUCCUGAAUUUUCAUAGAGGGUUUUCUUCUUCCUUCAGGUAUGGAAUUAUGAAGCUGUGUAGAAGAUCAUUUAUUCCCAGCUCUUCAAUUUCAGUCACUUGAUGUCAUUAAAUAGUAGACCUGUGUGACUUCCUCUGGUAUGGUGAGACAGUCAGGCCCAUGGGCCUCUCAGGUUCGACCAGAUGCAGCUGCCCCAGGAGUGGGCCUGGAGGGCCACUUGGCCAUCCUGCCUCCCAUCUUCUGUCUUGGGAGCCUGGCUGGUCCUACAGGGAUGGUUCUAGCCCGGAGGAUGCGUCCCUUCCUGCCACAGGCUCCGGUCCAUCCCUGCCCUGCCUUGGGCGUUUCACUUCUGUCUACCUAGAGCAAGAGUUUCAACGCUUGUUCAAAAAGGGGGACCAUUCACAAGCUAUGCCCCUUGCUGAGUAGCUAGUAGGUGCCACACUCUGUACAUGGCACUUUACAUUCAUGUUUAACCCUCACAACAGCCCUGUCUUAUAAUAUUGUACCCAUUUUAUAGAUGUGGAAACUUGGGCUCAAUGUGCCCAAGGCCCACACUAGCUAGCAAGAGGAGAGAGGAUUAGAAUCCAGGCCGGCCUGACUUCCAAGCCUGUGCCCUUCGCCCUGUAAGAGGCAAACCGGGCGGGGGGCAGGGGGCAAGCUGGUUGGGUGUUAGAGUCCUGUUUUCUGCUCCUGUGCUGGUGCCACGCCCUGAGGAUAGAGCUUAUGGAGCAGAGGGGGCUGAGGUGGCCUCACAUGGCAGCCAUGAAAGGCCCUGGUGGCUCAAGGACCAGCAGCUGUGUGUCCUCCAAACCGAGCGUAGCAAAAGCGGUAGCCCUUUCAGGAGACGGACCCAGGGCCAGGCAGACAUCUCCUGCCGCUCUCUGCUGCUGCUUCCUGCUCCUCUCUGACCUUUGCAGUUUUCUUUUUGCCCCUGCACUCAGCCUGUCUGUCAUCUCACUGGGGGGAGCCCAGGGCAGCCCUCCCACCCGUUUUGAUGCUGCGGCCCACUGACAGGCGUGUUCAUGUCGUGUCACGGCCACAUAGCAAAACUAGAGCCCAGGACCCAGGGUUUCUGGCUCCCAGGCCAGAGCUCUUGCCUGUGAACCAGGCUGCCUGGGAGUGAGGGGACAGCAUCCCUCCGCACCCCCCGCGACCCUGCAGGGGGAGGGGAAGGGGCCCUGGCCUGCCCUACACUGACCAACUUUCCUGGGGAUGUUCGCUGCCCACCUGCAGUGCCAAAGGUCCAUGUGCACAGCCCUCUUGUGUGCUCCUCCCUCAGCCCGCCACCUGGGCUCGCUUCCUGAGACGCAGGGCAGCGUCGCAUUCCUCUGGUCAGUCUCUAAGUCCUGUCCCGAGAGCCUCAGGGCAGCGGCUGCUUGCUCCAUGGCCCUACGCCCAGCACCUUGGGGGGAAGGAGGGAGGCUGGGAGAGGGCCACCCACCUCUUCACGGUCCCCCCCCUCACUUGGGAGGAGGCCCCAUAGCAUGUUUUCCUGUUUUUGAUUCACUUUGGUUUAAACUGUCUUUGUGAUGCUGUUAUGCAGGAUUUGACUUCAUUUCAAAAGACAAAGCUCUAAAUGGGGUUUUUUUUUUCUGACUCGCUUUCUGCUUUCAUUGCUCUUUUCAAGUGUUUUGUGAAUGCCUCCCAUGUACUAGGUGCUGGGUAGACCAGGUCUCGGGCGGCACCCUGCCUGCCUGGGAGUUUUGUCUGCUCUUUUCCACGGACGGGGUUUGUCCUUGACCUCGUUCUCUCCUCUCGGGGAUCAGCUGAGUGGGAAUGGGCUGGCUCUGCCUUUCUCUGGGCAAAACAUUUUCCUGCAAAUGAAAAAAAUUGCCUUUUUGUAUUAUUUUGUUAUUCUGAAUGGAACUGAUGGUACUGAAGCCACAGUCUUCUCUGUUCCCCAUUCCUUCCUCUCUCCAGCUCCUUUUGCCACAGUGGUGGGCCCUUCCCCAGGUACCUGGAAGUGGGGGGGUUCUCGAUGGCAGUGGCUCUUCCUAGGUGUCCUUGCCUGGGGACUUAGGUUUACACCAUCUAGGACUGUGGCCGCUAUUCUGUGAGCAAUUGACGAAGCAUAUGCAAAAUUCCCCUGGAAUGACAGCUGUGGAAAACGGCCUAGGCCAUGGGAAUAAUCCCAACCCCAAGCUCCGGCAGGUCCCCGGGGCUUAAACACGCUCCCUCCUUUUCCUUGGUCCUCACGACAACCCCAUGAGGUGCAUGGGAUCAACCCCAAGCUAGACUGAGAAAAUCGAGGUUCCGGGGGUGAGGCCCCACGCCCAGCUUUACCCAAAUGGUGACCAAGCUGAGACUCAGAUCCAGGGUGUUUUCCUCCCCGAUGCCCUGCCGUCAGCAGUGAAAUGCACCUGGGGCUUCCAGGGAAGCAGGUGGCCCUCCCUCGGAAUUUGGAUUUCUCCCCCUCCCACCCCCGAUUAUGCUUGUCAGUAGGUCACAGGCAAAUGCCAGGUUAAGGGCCGGCAAAGGUUUUUUUCCCCUCGCCCUUGCGUAUUUCCCUGUGAUGACUAUUUUAUCUUACACCUUGUGGUGUCAACAGCUCUUUGGAAAAUCUGAGCUUUAGGGUCACCACUUGAUCAAAUAGGCCUUUGCUCAAAUUUUGCCCUCAAAAUUUCUUUGCCAUUUGGUGGGUUUGUGUCCUUGUCCCAGAGACAAGACUAGGGGAGAGCUGGGCUCCAGCUCAAACCACUUUUAAUGCCCGGCCCUGGUAAACAAUUGCUAGAGCCCAGAUCCGGCUUCCUAUAAGCCUCUGCCAUGGGCCUCUCCAUGUCAUCAAUUUCUUAGGUAGAGUUCUAGGCCUUAAAACAUUUCUGAGCCCACCGGGGAUUUCAUUAGCAGGCGGGACAGAGGGAAACAAACUUGCCACGUUAAAGGGCAGGUGCCGCAUCUCCCUAAGGUUUGGAAGGACCUUCGGCUCAGGGACGGACAGUCUAGUAUAUACUCAGCCUGUACGAAGUACCCAGAACUGAGUGGGAGAAACAAGGAAUUGCUCCUGCUCUCAAACAGCUGGCAACUCGACCUCAUCAAGAAUGAGAAUGGCCGUGGUUUGGCUCCCACCCUCUCACUGUGCCGAUUCUCUAAGCGUUGCGUCAGGACGCUCCUUGGGAGGUCUUGCCCUCUUUGCAUUGUUUCGGUGGGCACCUAACAGCCUUAGCCACGCAUGGCAGUCCUGUCUGCCCUCCUUGGUUGUCCAGGCCCAUCAUUAGGGCUUUUGCUGCAAACAGCCAUACCAUGCCAUAGACCAAAGAUUCCCUAGUGUUAAACUGUGGCCUGAAUGGUGGUAACUGGCUCACAUUGAGGCCUGAGGGUGCGGGUGCCCACUCUUGGCCUGGAGGAAUUGCUCCGAACUUGGCUAACGUUCUGACAUGGCUGCAGAGUUAAAACCAGGAGGCUCCCCAGUUCUUGCCCACUCGUGGGCCACCUGCUGAGGACCCUGCCAACCACCCAGCUCCAUGGUCCCCCAGCUCCAUGUCUGGUUUCUGGUGCUACCCUGCCAAGUUAUUGAGCCCCUCCCUCAUUGGGCGUCAACAACCCACCUUCCUAUUACUCUCCUUUACUCCACGGGAAGCCUUCCUCCUUCCAGUCUGGGACAAGGGGGCUCAGUGUCUUUCCUUGGAGAAGCCAAACUCAGUGCCACAGCCAGUACCUUUCACCUUCAGGCCUUCUGUGAACAUGACAGGAGGUGCCCCACCAGGCUCGUGACAGCAAUAAGCAGUUCUGAGACAAUGGAGGCGUCCAUAUUUGACCCCCGUAUGUACGCCUGUGUGCCCGUGUCAUUGUUACUAGCACCCCUUUCACUCUUACAGGGGUGGUGAGAAACUGGUCACCUUAGCUACGACCCACACGUCCUGCUUCAGGGAGCCUCCAAGUAAAUCGGCCCUUUCUUACGUCCCUCCAGGAACAGCGGGCUCUGACAGCAUUGCCCCGCCACCUCAUGUCUGCUCAUAAGAUGACGCGGGAGAUCUCUGCAUACUCGGCACUCCUUAUGCCCUCUUGGCAAACGAACAAAGUCUGGUAGUGUUUUUUUGUUUCCUUUUAACACACACACACAAAAUACAUGAGGAUAUAUUAUGUGAGGGGGGUGAUGAACAAUUAGCUGUAGCAUGUAUAGACUAUAUACUACCAUUAGACUUUUUCUUUUUUUUUUUUAAAUAAAAUGCUUGACUGGUUUCAAGCUUCGUUGUGAAGAUGCAGUGUCUAUGGAUUUUUUUUGGCUGAAGAAAAAGGGUGCAUAGCUUUGUGCGCUAGCAUCUUGGCCUGGAGUUUUGAAAUGAAAGAACAGAAGCCUAUGUGAGCUUAUAUGUUUGGGUAUUGCUGAGAAAUAGGGGUGACUUCUCUCUCUGGGCCAUAGUGCACCUUGGUUUUUUUAACUAGUGUCCAGAAACCAAGGGAAAACUGGGUGUCCACCACAUGUCCUCAGCUCCGCCCAAACUGGAAGAC